CCUCUCUCCUGCGCUGUGCAGAGCUAUUCCUGGGGGAAGGUGGGGCUGACGAGUGAGGUGGCCAAGCUCCUGGCCAGCAGUGACCCACUGGUCCAGAUCCAGCCCGAUCAGCCCUAUGCAGAGCUCUGGAUGGGUGCCCACCCCCGAGGUGAUGCCAUCAUCCGGGAUAACCGUAUCCCUCAAAAGACCUUGGGCCAGUGGAUUGCCGACAACCCCGCCUGCCUGGGGGCAAAGGUGAAGGACACCUUCCAUGGUCACCUGCCCUUCCUCUUCAAGGUGCUGUCAGUCAACACUGCCCUCUCCAUCCAGGCACACCCCAACAAGCCGCUGGCGGCAAAGCUGCACGCCCAGUUUCCCCAGCACUACCCCGACACCAACCACAAGCCCGAAAUGGCCAUCGCUCUCACCCCCUUCGAGGGCUUGUGCGGCUUUCGGCCAGUGGAGGAGAUUGUCUCCUUCCUCCAGGGUAAGGAUGGUGAGGAAGGGCGGUUGCGAGGUCGGACCCUGAUGCCACCUUCACCCUCCACAGUGCUGGAGCGGAGCGGGAGCGAUGCCCCCCGCGGCGUCUCAUCCGCCCUCCGCGUCUGCUUCACCCGCCUGAUGAAGAGCGAGAAGAAGUUCUUUGUGGACCAGCUGAACAUGCUGGUGAAGAGGAUCUCCCAGGAAGCGGCAGAAGGGAAAGACACAUCGGGGAGCAACGGGGACCUGCUGCUGCCCCAGUACCCGGGGGACAUUGGCUGCUUCACCAUUUAUUUCCUCAACCUGGUGAGGCUGGAACCAGGAGAGGCCAUGUUCCUGGGAGCCAACGAGCCCCACGCCUACCUGCAUGGAGACUGCGUGGAGUGCAUGGCAUGCUCGGAUAACACGGUACGCGCCGGGCUAACCCCCAAAUUCAUCGACGUCCUCACCUUGUGCGAGAUGCUCAACUACACGCCAGCGCCCGCCAGCUCCAAGAUCUUCCCAGCUGUGCAGAGCCAGCUUGACCCCAGCGUCCACCUCUAUGACCCGCCCGUGCCAGACUUUGCCAUCAUGAGGAUAGAGAUCCCUCCCUCCAUCAAGCUGUACCUCGUCUCUGCUGUGGACUCUGCCAGCAUCUUGCUGGUGAUCCAAGGGACGGCCACAGGCACCUCCACAGCCGCAGCCUCUGAAAUGACUCUGCAUCGUGGCUCCGUGCUUUUUAUCUCUGCCAACGAGAGCAUCUCCCUCCACCUUUCCUCUCCAGAUGGGAUGCUGAUCUUCACAGCCUGCUGCCUCCUCUGA